AUGGAAACUUUUCAAUAUGUACCCAUUAUUGACUCUCUUAAAUUAGUAAUUUCUAAUCCUAAUGUUCUACAAGCUAUUUUGAAUGAACAAAAGUCACCAGACGGCAUUCUAAGCUCUUUUCUUGAUGGGCAGCAUGCUGAAACUCACGACUUUCUUCGACGAUAUCCGCAUGUUCUACGAAUUCAACUGUAUUAUGACGAAUUGGAAAUAGUUAAUCCUUUAGGAUCUAAAACUGGAAUCCAUAAAUUAGGAGCCUUCUAUUAUAGCAUUCAAAAUAUACCUCCAGAAAUUAACUCUGACCUGAACUCUAUUCAUGUACUUCUUUUAUGCACAGACAUAGAUGUGAAAAACUACGGAUUUAAUAAAAUUUUACAGCCCUUUUUGAAUGAUCUGAGUGCACUAGAAAGUGACGAAGGAGUAUUAGUUCAUACAGAACAUGGUCCUUUUACUUUACGUGCAACUCUUGCUGCUUUCAUUGGCGAUGGACUUGCUGUGCAUGACGUAUUUAAUCUAUUAGGACCAUCGUCUAAUCAAUUCUGUCGUUUGUGUAUGUAUUCAAGAGAUGAUUUACACGUUGGAUCUCUUCAACUUGGCCAGAAACGCACGCUAAAUUUAUAUCAAGAACAUUUAGAUUUGUUGAAGAACUCGAAUUUUUCUGCAGAGAAUGUAUCAAGUACAGGCAUGCGUGGUAAUUGUUGUUUGAACGAGUCAGGAUACUUUCAUGUUACUAGUAACAAAAUAUUUGACCCAAUGCACGACUUCCUCUGUGGUAUUUGUCCAAUGAUUAUAAAACUAGUCCUCAAACAAUAUAUAUUAGUGGAAAAGAAGUUUAAUACUAAUUAUCUAAAUGGUAAUAUUACAUCUUUUCAAUGGGGAUACUGUGAAAACACUAAUAAGCCUUCAGCUAACUUCACAGACUCCAUGCUUAGGAGAAAAGAUCAUUUAAUAAGUCAAAAAGCAAUGCAAACUUGGUGCUUAAUUCGAGCCUUGCCAUUUUACUGUCAGAUAAAAUUUCAAGUGAUGAUCAGUAUAUGA